AUGGGCGAGCUGCUGGCGUCAGAGGUCCGCGCCCUCGUGCGCGAGUGGUGCCCCGGCGGCCGCGCGGGCCACCAGACGACGCCCCGGGGGCCGUCGCUCGGGAGGCUAUCCUUCAUCUGCCACUCCGUGGGCGGGCUCAUCGCGCGCGCCGCGCUGCCCCUGCUGGCCCUGGAGUUCGGGGCGUACUUCCACACCUACAUGUCGUUCUCGUCGCCACACCUCGGCUACAUGUACACGCGCAACUCGAUUUUCAAGACUGGGCUGUGGCUUGCCGCCAAGAUGUGGAACUCCGUGUGCCUCGAGCAGCUGUCCAUGAACGACUCGGCCGACCAGCGCGGCCUGUUCCUCCUGGAACUGUCGCGGCAGGGAGGGCUGUCCAACUUCAGCCCUUGGCCGUUUGUGGGCCGCUGCGGACUCGCCAGCCACCAGGACCAAUAUGCCCCUUUCGAAUCUGCCAGGCUGGAGAUGGCCGACGGCGCUAAGAAGGACUCGACUCGCCUUCCGGAAGGCUCUACUCCGAGAUGCUGCAGAACAUCCUGGGGCCCUUGGAGCCCGACAGGACGAUUAUCCGUUUCGACAUCGACUUCGGCAUUACAGAAGUGA